AUGACAGCCAUACUGUCACUGUUGUGCUCCGACCCACUUGUAGCAUCGUGCUCGCCACGAAGAAGUGGGGAUUCUGGAGACGAAAACUACCUUCUCGAUUCGGAUUCAUGGGACUUGUGUACGGAGUCGACCUCCAGGGAUUGUCAUGAAAACAAGGUGUUGACGAGAAGUGUCACCGUUUGGUCGGAUGACAGUGGCAAAGGCGAGGUGAAGAGGACCAGGAAGUUUAAAAGGCUUAUGGUAAGUUUGAUUUUAAAGAAAAAGAUAGGGGGGGAUGAAGGAGGUAGAGGAGAACUCCUGUAUAACGAAGUUUUCAAGGAUUUCAAAUUUGUUUGUCCGGUGAGGGCAAAGGUAUAGUAACAGCUAUGAUAAAGGUAAAGGCAGAGAUAGGAGUAGAGGUAGGGUCAUAUGGGCUAAGGUAGGUGUAGGUGUACUGAUAAGGGUAGGGGCAGUAAGGGUAAGGAACGUAGGUAGAAGUUGGAGUAGUAGAGGCAGGGUAUUUUUACUACUAGAGCUAGGGCGAGAGUUAAAACAAGCGCUAGGGCUCUGGGCUAGGGCUCUGGUCUAGGGCUCUGGGCUUGGGCUAGGGCCAGGGCUCUGGGCUAGGACUCUGGGCUAGGGCUUUGGCCUAGAGUUUUGGGCUAGGGCUGUGGGCUAGGACUCUGAGCUAAAGCUCUGAGUUAGGGCUCUGGGCUAGGGUUUUAAAUCUGAAAAACUAGUUCAAAGUACAAUACGAACAAAGUCUAAUUUUAAAAAUAUAACACUGAGUCAUGUUAUUCAAUGCUCUAAUGGUUCAAAGAUUGGUCAGCACUUGUCUAAGAUCAGGUGACUCCGGCCGAAUUUGUUUUAUUUUUACUUACAAUUUGUUGUUUUAGAACAUGGUAGGCUCAGCACUAAACCCAUUAAAAUGGUCGAGGGAAUGGAGUACGGAUUCGGUUGAUUCUGGCUAUUAUGGUUAUCAACCUCAUCGACCAGGCCAAGCUGGACCUUCAAGAACUGUUAGUUUUGCUGAUCGGCCUUCUACUCGAUACCGGAUCUUGAGUGAGGUAAGAGGGUUUUUAAUUUUAUAAGUUUUGGUAAAAUACGGGUUUUUUUAUUUUGCACUUUUAAGUUUAAAAACUGUAAAAAAAAUUUUUUUAAUUUGAAUUUUGAUUUCCGCGCCAAAUUUGGCAUUAUAUUUUAUAGUCAAAAUAGGCUUUAAUUAAUAUUAAAGGGCUCAAAUUAAUUUUAAAAAACUGUUUUUAGCUUAUAAAAACUAAACUUCACUAUUCUUUAUACUUUUUGUAAAAAUUUUUUGAACUUAUGUUUUGGCGCCAAAUUUGGCAUUAUGUUUUAAGUUCAAAAUGAGGUUGAAUAAAUUUUAAGAACCCUUUGUUUUAGCUUAUAAUAACUAAAUUUACUAUUUUUCAACUUUUCUUCUUUUGAAAUUAUAUUUUGGCGCUAAAUUUGGCAUAAUGUUUUGUGUGGGAAAUAGGCUUUGAUUAAUCUUAAAAACCCUUUGUUUUAGCUUAUAAUACGUAAAUUUUAACUAUUUAAUUUUCAACUUUUUUUGUAAAAAGUAUUUGAAUUCGUAUUUUGGCGCUAAGUUUGGCAUUACGUUUUUUGGCCGUAAUAAGCUGUUAAAAGUCAUGAAAAAUAAUUUUAUUUUUUUAGUUAAAAAUUGAUUACUAUUUUUUGAACUUUUGCGUCAUAUUUGGAUUUUUCGUAUUUUAAGGCUUUUAAAAAUCUAAAAAAAAUUAAAAAUACGUAAUAAUUUUUAAAAUAUGCUUAAAAAUAGAAAAUAAAAUUGUUUUUAAAUUUUACUUUUAAAUUUUUAGACUGAAAACUCAUCGGACGAAGACUCAGAAGUUCAGCACUUUGCCAUAGUUGAUAUAGGAAAGAAGCCCAAAUGGAUAUCAGAUGCCAACAAACUGGAAGAUCGUGGUCGAUGGACGAAAGACAAGAAGCCACACAGUUUUGACUCAACUCUACAACGACGUCGAAGCAUAUCAGCUCAACGUACCUGUCGCUUGAACCGACGUGCUUACAGUUUGAACCGAGUUAUCGAGUUAAAUGCUGCUGUCAGGAGGAAUGAAUACGCUUCUAAAAUGGCGAAACGACCGGAGAGCUCGUAUCUUGGUGAGUCUUGAAGGGUAGUAUUCAGAAUAUAGGAGUUUGAUAAGAAGGUCAGAGGUACGACUGAUUAGGGUAAUACUAGAGAAGAGGUACGUUAACGUAAUAAUGAAGUAGAGAUAGAUCAAGAUGAUAUUAAGGUAGGGUACUUUUAAACAAUAAUACACUAGGGUAGACUAGAGUAAUACUAAGUCGGUGCCUACGAUGAGGAUAAGGGUGAGGUAGAGUAGAAUCAUACUUGGGUGAGGGUAGACCAGAAUAAUGAUAGGAUGACAGGGUAGAAUAGGGAAAGGUAGGAUAGGAUAGGGUAGGGUAGGGCACGGUAGGGUAGGGUAGGGUAGGGUAGGGUAGGGUAGGGUAGGGUGGGAUGGGGUAGGGUAAGGUAGGGUAGGGUAGGGUAGGGUAAGACUUUAUUGAUUUUUUUCAUUUUUAGAAAACUCGACCCACCUGAUGAGAGACUAUGCUGAAUAUAGAGACUACAAAGAGCCCAUUUUCUAUUCAAACGCUGAUGAUGACUAUGGUGAUGUAGAACUAUAUGAAGAUAAUCAAACUUAUAAUUAGUGAGUUUUUGGGCUUAAAAAUUUCAUUUUGAAAAAUUUUUCAAUUUUAAAAAUUUUAAAAUUUUCAGCCCCUCCCGCCUCCAACUAGAACAAGAAAAUGAGGUUCCGCCACGACCUCCAAAGCCACGUUCUUUGCAUCAAAGUCAAGAUACGAACAGUUACUAUAUCAAUGAAGUAAUGGCACCACCAAGACCACCAAAGCGUACUAACACGACUAGUGUUGUGUGCACGCAACCAACGCAACUUCGGCAACUUCGACGCCAAAAUCACACUGAAAUUAUGUAA